ACGCCACCUUUCCGUCCCCGUGCGCCACGCCCCCCCCGCCACUUGGCCUCUCUCCUCCAUCAAUUCGAUCCCACCCUCCGUCACACUCACUCCCCCGCGUCUCUCUCACUCUCAGUGCGAGUGAAGUGAGUUCCCGAGCACGCGAUGGACGCUCUGCCCGUGACCUUCCUCCUCGCCGCCGUGGCGGCGGCGCUCCUCGGGACCGCGUCUGCGGCGCCGCGGGCCUUCUUCGUGUUCGGGGACUCCCUCGUCGACAAUGGCAACAACAACUAUCUCAUGACGACGGCGCGCGCCGACGCGCCGCCCUACGGGAUCGACUUCCCGACGCACAUGCCCACGGGGAGGUUCUCCAACGGGCUCAACAUCCCGGACAUCAUCAGCGAGCACCUCGGCUCCGAGCCCGCGCUGCCGUACCUCAGCCCGGACCUCCGCGGCGACAGGCUGCUCGUCGGCGCCAACUUCGCCUCCGCCGGCGUCGGCAUCCUCAACGACACCGGCAUACAAUUCGUGAACAUCAUCAGGAUCGGGCAGCAGCUGGAGAACUUCCAGGAGUACCAGCAGAAGCUGGCCGCGUUCGUCGGCGUGGACGCGGCGGCGCAGGUCGUGAACAACGCGCUCGUGCUCAUCACGCUCGGCGGCAACGACUUCGUCAACAACUACUACCUGGUGCCCUUCUCCGUCCGCUCUCGCCAGUUCGCCAUCCAGGACUACGUCCCCUACCUCAUCUCCGAGUACAGGAAAAUCCUCGUGCGGCUGUACGAGCUCGGGGCCCGGCGCGUGGUGGUGACGGGCACGGGGAUGAUCGGGUGCGUGCCGGCGGAGCUGGCCAUGCACAGCAUCGACGGCGAGUGCGCGCGCGAACUCACGGAGGCGGCCGACCUCUUCAACCCGCAGCUGGCGCAGAUGCUGGGCGAGCUCAACGCCGAGAUCGGCCGCGACGUCUUCAUCUCCGCCAACACCAACCGGGUCAGCUUCGACUUCAUGUUCAACCCCCAGGACUACGGGUUCGUGACGUCCAAGGUGGCGUGCUGCGGGCAGGGCCCGUACAACGGGAUCGGGCUGUGCACGCCGGCGUCCAACGUGUGCCCCAACCGGGACGUGUACGCCUACUGGGACGCGUUCCACCCCACGGAGCGCGCCAACCGGAUCAUCGUCGGCCAGUUCAUGCACGGCUCCACCGACCACAUCAGCCCCAUGAACAUCAGCACCAUCCUCGCCAUGGACAACAGGGACUAGGCCAAGCCGCCUGGCGUCGACGACCGAUGCCCCCCUGCACCAGCAGCUGCUACGACACACGAAUAGCCACUACUACGUUUAGCGAUACUAGUAUAGUAGUAUAUGCUCGUUAUUGAUUUGCACGAAGAGAUUUGCUUGCUGUAUGUUCAUGAAGCUGGUGGAUAGCUAGAGGUUUUGGUGUUCGUUCGUUCUUUUUUUGGGUGUGGCUAUUAAGGUGAAGUGAAAUCAAUGGUGAAAGUUGAGCCUAGAAUGGAUUUUAAUUUUUACCUAUGUUGUUCCA